ACGUUUGCACCAGUCAUUAGGUUCGACACGAUUCGCGUCGCGAUUUAUUUCGCUGUCCAGCGACCGACACCUAGUUGCACUCGGGUUCACGCGUCUGGAGAGUGAUCAUGGCCUUUACUCCCUCCUCGAGAAGGGGGAGAUUGUCAUGCUCCUAACUGUCUAUGUGGAUGACCUGCUGCUAAUGGGCGAGAGCAGUCGGUGUGAAGCUAUUGCUCGGAAGCUGGCUCCAACAUUUGAGCUCGUGGAGCUCGGUCCCGUCAAGUACCUGCUUGGGGUGGAAGUCAGCAUUGAUCGUGAGAAGAACACUGUCUCUUCAGUCAGACAAACUACGUUGAAGAAAUCCUGCGACGAUUCCAUAUGCACGACUGUCAUGGUGCUGCAACGCCCGAGGCAACCACGAUGGAAACUGCUAGUGAAGGCCCCGCGGCGCCUGAGCCGAGUGAUCUGCCGUAUCGCGAGAUUGUCGGAGCCUUCCAGUAUCUCGUGUCGGGGUCAAGGCCCGAUAUUGCACACGUUGUUCGUCGGCUUGGGCAGUAUAUGGCGUGCUUCGGUGCUGUCCACUACGCGCAAGCUAAACGGGUACUCAGGUAUCUGCAGGCCACCAAGCAUUUUGGUCUCAGUAUGGUGGUGACUGGUUCAACCCAUGUAGAUUUGUUGCGCGUGGAAGCUUAUAGCGAUGCUGACUAUGCCAACGAUAAGGAAGACCGCCAGUCCGUGAGUGGGUAUGUCACGAUGGUGAAUGGCAGCGUAGUCUCCUACGGGUCACGGAAGCAAGGGCUCAAUGCCCAGAGCACGAUGGGGUUGAGUACAUCACCAUGAAUGAAGGCGCGCGCGAUAUCAUGUGGCUUCCUGGUCUGUGUGACGAGCUGAGGUGGCGGUAUGACAACCCGAAGCUCUGGUGCGACAACACGGCUGCGAUUGCGCUGUCCAAGAAGCCAGGAAAGCACAACGGCAGCAAACACAUAGAGAAUCGUUUUCACUACGUGCGAAAUCUCGAGGAUCGAGAGCUACUUGAAGUGCAGCACUGCAGAACCGACCAAAUGACUGCCGAUAUAUUGACGAAGCCGCUCGCACGUGUCAAGUUUGAAUUCUUCCGCUCUCUGCUUGGCGUCGUUCGCCG